UGUGCGCUUUAGGUUAUAAACCUGGAAACGAAAACGAAAAUGAAACUAGAAUAUUUCGUCAAUUUUUAUAAAAUUUUACGUAGAUGUAUGAAUUAUAUAAAUGUGUGAUUCACUUUCAAUUAGAAUGGAGUUUAGACUACACAUAAGUGUGCAUUGAAGAAUAUGGGAAGGUAAUAAGUUAUUUGUUAUGGAAACUGCCAGAUAAACUUAGAUAUACACACUUUGGCUGUUACAAUGGCUUCCUAUAAUGGUCUGCCUUCUGUUGGAUACGAGAUGGAACCAGAGGAAAAAGAUCAAGAGAUGAGAAUAGAAUUUUUUCUCGAGGCUUUCAGAGGAUAUAUAGCAAAGACUGUUGACUACAAGGAUCUCAUGUUUUUUGAGCACUUUAGCCCAGAUGAGAGGAGAAAGUUUCGAAGUCUAGGCAAGAAUGCAGAUAAUGCAGAUGUUACAGAUCAAAUGGUGGAAACAAUUCUUUUGAUGAAGGAUAAGCCUAACAGAUAUUCAUCCCUUGUCAGAUUGUUUGAAAAAGAAUUGG